ACAAACAGCUAUAUUCGGGGUCCUUCGGCGCGGAGGUCAGGAGGGUGUUUGUUGCGGUGUCUCCUCCAUAUCGUCCUACACCGGCCCCUGCCGCUUUUCUGCCGCUUUUCUUAUCUCUCAAGUUCACAGCAACUUAAUCGGCAACCGUAACACUCGGCAAAAUGGCAGUUCCUCCAGCAUACGCAGACCUUGGAAAAUCAGCAAAGGACAUCUUCAAUAAGGGAUAUGGUUUUGGAAUGGUUAAGCUUGAUGUGAAGACAAAGUCUUCAAGCGGAGUGGAGUUUAAAACAUCCGGCUCAUCCAACGUGGACACCAGCAAGGUUACUGGAGCCCUGGAAACCAAGUACAAGUGGGCCGAGUACGGGCUGACGUUCACUGAGAAGUGGACCACGGAAAACACACUUGGAACUGAAGUCUGUGUUGAGGAUCAGAUCACCAAAGGGCUGAAACUUACUUUUGACACUACAUUUUCACCAAACACUGGCAAGAAGAGCGGCAAGGUCAAGACGGCUUACAAAAGGGAAUACCUAAAUGUCGGUGUUGAUGUGGAUUUAGAUUUCGCUGGUCCUACCAUUCAUGGAGCAGCAGUGGCCGGCUAUGAGGGCUGGCUGGCCGGCUACCAGAUGACUUUUGACUCGGCCAAAUCAAAGAUGACUCAGAGUAACUUUGCAGUCGGUUACAAGACCGGAGACUUCCAGCUCCACACUAAUGUAAAUGAUGGUUCAGAGUUCGGUGGAUCCAUUUACCAGAAGGUGAAUGACGAACUGGAGACUGCUGUGAAUCUUGCCUGGACAGCAGGCAGCAACGGCACACGCUUUGGAAUUGCUGCCAAAUACCAGUUAGACUCCAGUGCCUCCAUAUCAGCUAAGGUGAACAAUGCCAGCUUGGUAGGAAUUGGGUACACCCAGACUCUCCGGCCUGGUAUGAAACUAACCCUCUCUGCACUGGUGGAUGGGAAGAACAUCAACGCUGGUGGUCACAAACUUGGUCUGGGCCUGGAGUUGGAGGCAUGAGGAUCUGCUCUGUUGUUCCAUCACAAGAAGAGAAGUAUGAGCUGAGUCUGAUCCUGAGCGUUCCCGUCUGUUCAGCAACAGAUAUUUUAAAGAGAUGAGGCCAAAACAAAAAAAAAGGAGCCCAGUUCCCGAGCACUGUUAAAACGGAGACCUUUCCACCAGCCUCCUUUUAUCGUGGUUCCAAUAAGUAGUCAUGUUUCAAUCACAUGUAUUUAUCAGUUACUCCUUCUGCCAAUAUAUCCUCAAUAGUGAUAAACUCUCCUCUGGGUGCACCUUGUCCAGGAAUGGUUUAAAAAAAACCUUGUUAUUUUGCUGAAGUGUGAUAAUGUAGAAUGUAAAUCUGAGCCAUUAAUUUGCACAAUAGAAUAUAUCUUUAUUUAAGCUCUUUCUCCUUUGUUUUAUUUGCACAUUUUCUUUGUAUUUCAGUAGUGAUGUUCUACCUGUUGGGAGGUUUACUCCCAACAAAAUAUGCUUAUCAAGAUCGAAGCCACUUUAGCGGCUGGUCUUCACUUAUCUUCCUAGAGAGGCUUAAUCAUGCUGUGUGACGACUUUGAGACCUCAGCUACCUUAAAUACCUGCUUCUAAGUUGCAAGACAAUGCUAAAUGGGUUUAUUUUUUUUCCUUCAGUGUGACUCGUGUGAAAGAAUAUCCGAGUGAAUCAUCCACUUUUCUUCCCAUUUCUGAAGACUGUGACACUAAUCAGGAAGCGAUUUGUGUGUUGGCGUGUGUCUAACCUUUGCAAUAAAGUCCUGAAGUCAAUCUUCA